AUGGCAACUGCCCAGCGCACCGCGGUUGGGGCGAGUGGCCCUCGGGACAUUGUUGGCCCCACGCUCGCGGAGCUCCUGUCCCGUGGGGCCACCCACCGCCAGCACCGCGGACAGCGCUCCAACCUGCCCGCCGGGUGGCCCGACUUCCCUAAACCCAGCUCGCGCGCGGCCAACUCCCCGGCGCAAGGCGUCCCCCCCACCGCCGCCGGCGCCCACCUCCCAUUCCGCCGCCCCCCGCGGACCCUCCCUUUGUCUCCCGGUCCCCGCCGCCCUCUGGGCGCUCCGCGCUGUGGGCACACGUGGCCGCAGUCUCGUCCGGGCCGCAGGCUUCCCCCGCGGUCGCCCCCACCCGCCCCGCGACGCCCGCGGCGUGCGGGUCCCUUUGUGUCCCGCGGCCAGGUCCCCGGCCCGGCAGCUGGGCCGCCCUCUGGGCGGGCGCAUUGUUCGCCGGAUUUGUUCGCGGCGCGAGGGGCCGCCGGGGGCCGGCUCGCCUUCAUCCCGCGGGAGGGGCACCGCGCCGGCCGGGCUCAGGGGCCCUCAGGGCUGCGGCAGGCGGCGAGCGGCCGGGCCGGGGUCGGGGCAGCGGCUCCGGCUCGCGUGGGAUCCUCGCCCGAAGGGCGCGAACGCUCCGGCGUCUUCGCCACGGGGCGCGCGGGGCGGGGGCGCUGCGCCACGCCGACGCGGGGAGGGGGCCCAAGCAAGCCCCUCGGGCGGAACCUGGCGCACCGAGGAAUCGCGGCGAGGAGGCGCUGGAGGCGAGGGGUGAGCGAGCGUGUGCGCGCCCGGCCGCCUGCCGCGGGCCGCCGAGAAGCGCGGAGCCCGCUCCGACAGCGCAGCGCGAGCUUCUCCGCAGCUGCCUCCCCCGCUCACAGUUACCCGUCCAGGGCGGGAGCUGCAGCCGUCGCCUCCGCCUCCUCCUUGGGCCCCCGCGCGCCGCUGCCCGAGGCGGAGGAGGGCGCGGGGACGCCGCAAAAGGAGCCGACGCGGCGGGCGCCCGCUCGCCGGCUCCGGCCCGGGAGCGACUGUCCCCCGCCCGCCGCCGCCGCCGCCGCCGCCGCCGCCUCCGCGCGUAUCCGCGCCCGGCUCGGGCACCGGGCGAUUAUCACUGGGGCGCGCGGUGACGUCACCCGGACACCGGCUCCGCCGCCGCCUCCGCGAGGUGUCCUUGAGAACUGCGGGGGCACGCGCGCCGCGCACACGCGCACACACGCACUGCGCGCCCGGUGCCUCCCGCGGACACUCGCCGCGUCGCGCCCCGCGCGCUCCUCCGCUCACUCGGACGCCGCCCUCGAGCGCCCUCGACCGUCCCUGGCGCCCCAAGGCCACGCGUCUGCCCCCGGGAACCCCACCGGCCGCAGUCCCUCUGAGCGCACCCUGACACCCACCAACCACGCCUCAGCUGCACGCAGCUUAGUCUCACCCGCAGACGCACCCCCGCACUCGGCCUGCGCCGCAGGUUCGAGCCCGCAGUUCUCUCCCCGUCACACGCUCUGCACCGUCACUCUCCCAGCCCCUCCAGCCCCCAGAGGAAGGAAAGGGACUUGCCGCGGCCCACUGGGCGGUUAUCUGGAGGACGGAGAGCAGAUCCCGCUGACCCUCCCACCUUGCGAAUACGGUCCUGUUCCUCCCUCUGGGCCCACUCCAGCACUGCGGGAGCCCUGGGGAAGCAAAGCCGACUGGGAAGGGGGUGGCACUCGGAGAGGCUCUGCCCUCAACCCCCCCAGCCCAGCCCCACACGAAGGACUGGUGGGCGAGGACCCAGCAGGCCCAGAGGCGCAGCUCUCCUGCUGGGUCAUCGGGCCUUGGACGCUGCCGGGUCUUCACCAGCAGGCAAGCCGGGGGAGGAGCAGCCCUGCCCCCACCAAGGCCCCCUCGCCCGUCACAGAGGCGAGGGUGGCAGCCCUGCCCCAGGCCCCCCUGUGUGCCCCCUUCUCCCUCGGCUCCGAGAGGCCCCGGCAAGGGGUCCACCCUGGCAGCACCGGAGCCAGAGCCGGCCCAGACCGGGAUUCCAGAAGACGGCAAUGGCUUGACUCGGAUGGGAGCCGCAGGCCCCUCCUCGGCUGGCUGCAGAGCCAGACCUGGGCCUCUGGCAGCCUCGGCCACGGGGGGGACCAGAGUGGCCUCCUGGGACGCUGGCUUAACCUGGCUCCUCCGUCGGAGAUCCUGAUGGACCCUCAGGGGCAGGAGGGGAAGCGGGGACCCCCAGAAGGUGCGCCCAGCUCUGGUGGGCAGGGAGCUGUCCGAGGUGCUGCCCAGGUCGCCAGGGAGCUUUCGCCCACCCAACAGCGCCAGGUCUCUUGUGAAGGGGACCCUCCGGUCACUGGCCCACCCUCCUUGAUGGUGUCUGCGGGCUUGGGCGUAGUUCUGGCCCGCUGCCUGCCCUGUGCUCCGGGGAAGUCCCCGCUCUGCUCUGGGCUGCUGGACCCAGUGCUGGCCGGGUCGGGGCUCCACAUCCCCUGCCCUCUCCACCUGCCCCGCCCCAUCGCUGAGCCUGUCCACCCUCCUCUGCGGUGCGACCCCCCAGCAGGCCCACCCCCUGCCACCCUGUGCUGGGGCCCCACCCUCUCAGCCCCCCACCUGCUGGCAGUCAGCUCCCUGUGCUGCCCUCCAGGGUGCCAGCCCGCACUGCACCCCAGUUGGCCCGGCGGCGGCCUCCGAGCUGCCAUGGCAACCCCUGGCUGGUUGCCUGGCAAGUCACCCCUUCUUCCCUUGUUUCCAUCAGGCCCAAGCCGGUGA